GUCGAAAACGUGGUUCUCUCUGGUCCUUUACAGAUUGGCACCCUUUCAUUGAUUACGCUGUGAAUCCAGCGUGGGUCACUGGCUGGUGGUGUGUGCAGAAAUUCUCUCACCAGCAGUACGCGAGCUAUUUGCUCCAAUGUCGGCGGGCCUACAAGACCAAUUUGCAAAAUGCAGAGGCAGUGGAAAAGCGAGAGAAAGAACUUGCUGUGCGAGUCUACCAGAAAGACGUGGUCCAGAAGCUUAUCGCUAACCGGGCGCCGUUCCGUGCAACCUCAGACCCCAUGUUCUCCAACCUGCCUGCCUUCCGCCGGCAAUUUGAGUUUGCCUGUGAGAUCUUAGACAACAUCAACGACUGGGCAUUCAUCCUAGAGCACCGCGCCUUGCUACAGGCUAACGCAGACUUCCACAAGCUGGGUGAAUCUCAAACCGGAGUCUUUUCGUACACCGUUUUUCUGUGGGCCACGCCCGUGGCUAUAACCUUGGACUUGGAUGUGGAUUCCCAAAGCGCUUUUGAGUGCAGCGAUUGGUUGCGGGCAAAUGUCCUCCUGGAUGUUCUGAAGCCAGGGGAUAAAACGUUCCUCGAAGAGGGGCGGCCCAAGCUCCGGAUGUCUGACAUGCCCGAGUUGCAACUGGACAUAGUUUUGUAA